AUGAACACCACCAUCGCUGACUCUUCCGUGUUAAGUUUAGAGGGCUUCAUUGUGUCUCCUGAAGCUGCUCACCCUCUUUUUCUGUUAACAUUGGCAGUAUAUCUGGUUAUUCUUAUUGGAAAUGUUACAGUUUUUUCUGUUAUUGUUUUUCAAAAGACACUACACGAGCCAAUGUAUUUCAUGAUCUGUAAUAUGUCUGUUUGUGAUUUGAUUGGAAGCACAGCGGUAAUGCCUAGAUUAAUGGCAGACUUCCUCACAGAGGUUAGAUACAUCUCAUAUGUAGCUUGUGUUAUUCAGGCUUUCUGUGUUCAUUUCUACGGUUCAGCAGCUCAACUGAUAUUGACUGUAAUGGCUUAUGACAGAUACAUUGCAAUUUGUGACCCAUUAAGAUACAACAGCAUAAUGACAACUAAUACUUUGGUGAAGCUCUACUCCCUUGCCUGGGGAGUGGCAUUCAUUUUAAUAAUAAUCCUCUUUGCUCUUACUCUUAGACUUCCGAGAUGCAGAUCACGGAUAGUGGAGGCUAAUUGUAGCAAUGCAGCUUUAUUUCUUUUAUCCUGUGCUGACACUACUGUAAAUAACAUUUAUGGCUUAUUUAUUACAGCUUUUCUAAUCAGUUUGUCUUUUUUGGUUAUUGUCUGGACUUAUGUUAAAAUAUUAAUUACAUGUUUAUAUAAAAGUCAAAGCAAUAGUAAAAGCAAAGCCAUUCAUACAUGCGCUACUCACUUAACUGUCUAUAUAAUUUUUGAAUUCACUAUUUUGUCCUCCAUCAUUAUGCAGCGAUUUCAAAAUAUCAGCCCAAAUUCACGGAAAAUGUUUGGGAUGUUAAUUUCAACCUUUCCACCAUUCGUUAAUCCAAUCAUUUAUGGAAUUCAUACAAAGAAAAUUCGGAGUAAUGUUUUAACAUUUUUAAAAAAUACAAUACCAAAUCAAUGAUGCUGGUGGUGCAUUAUGCAACAUUCACUUUAAGUCUAUAUUUAAUUUACAUGAGUACAUCAGUUUAAUGAAUAAUAAAUAUAUAUGAACAUGGUUCAUUAAUAUGUCUUAAAAUAGAUAUAAUAAAGCAAACAGCGAAGAAACACUGGGAUAUUCAAUAUUAACUGUCAGAUUCUGUAUCCAUAGAUUUUUUAAAAUUAUAUCAUUUUCCUAAUAUUGUUGUACAUUUAUGAUGAGACAAUAAAAAUGUGGCAAUCCUAAUGAAAUGAGUUGUUUGUUUAAACCCAAACCGUCAUUAUUCCACAACAUUGAUGGAUGAUUUAUCUUGUUUAUCUUCAAUUCAGUUUGCGUUUUACAGGCACAAAGUUUUGCAGUGCUAACACUGAUUUGUAUUCUCCACAGCACAGUUACCCCAUGCCCAUUUGCAACAUGCCUCACAAAUAGGGUACAUGUUAACAAAUGGGGAUACCAGUGAAAGAGUCGAGUAAAAACUCUGAGCCUCUGAUAACCCAGACCUGUUAUCAUAAUACGAAUUGUGUAUUCACGAGGUGAAAAAAAGAAAAAAAAAAAGUUAUCAUAUCACAACAUAGUAUCAUAUCACAACAAACCACCCUCUGUUUUCAUAUUUCAUAUUUUCAUGUGUAAGCAAUCUCAAUUAUAGGAAAAUCUAAUAAUUAUCUAAUUAUAUUCCCAACCACAAUAAGCCAUAUACUAAACGAUGGGAGAGCCGAGUGCCAGAUCCAAAGAAUGAAAACGCGGGGUAAGGCAGUAUUCAUUACAAUAAAUAUGCAUUGAGGCAAUCAA